AGUUCUAGUACUCACGCGCUCAGAAAAGCGCACGCAGGUAGGGCGUGGCAAGGCGCGUCUUUUUCCUGCACAGUGUUUUGAAUCAUCACUGGAAUUAGACUCUACAGACAGCCGAACUGAGGAGCAGCACUGGGCCACGCUUGGAUCACUUAGUGGGGCAAGAUGACUUCAUACACGUGGAUUUUACUACUUCUGGCAAGUCUUGUGGCAACAAGAGCGCAAGACUUUGACCUCGCUGAUGCUUUCGAUGACGAGUCCCCUGCGAAGCCAACAGAGAAACCAGUCCCACCGAAAAUCCCAGAUUCAGAGACUAAAAAACCUGCAGUGGUUCCCCCGAAAACAGACGAUGGUGACUUAAAUCUGCUGGAUGCAUUCGGUCCAGAUAGUGUGACCAAAAAGCCUGUGGUUCCACCCAAAGAGAGAGGAACUGGAGGUGGAAGUUUUGAUGACAAAGACCUCUUUGACUUGAAUGAAGAUGGUGAAUACAAGCCCGAUGGAGGCCGAAGUGGAGGUCGUGGAGCAAAUAUUCCUCAGGAUAAUGGAGCUGGUGGAGCCUCUGAUCAGCCUCAAGAUCUUAACCAGCAUUGGCUCCAGAUUAUCAAGAUGCUAGUCGAUAAUAUACCAGAUGGCCUCAGUUCUUGGAUUGCCCAGUUUAAUCAAGCUGUAAAGCCCAUGCUAGAGCAGUUGCGGGAAUUUCUGAAUAUAACAGAGGAAAAAACUGAGCUUUAACUAUGAUGGAUAGCAACCUGUUUUGCUUGUGUUGGGUUUUUAAAUGGUUUCACACAUUGUUUACAUGGUUUGCAAGUUAUUGGUUGUAAGGCUGGGACUGCUGGUGCUUAUGGUCUUUUAAGGAUGAAAUGCAUGUUUGGUAAUGAUCAAGUGAUUGUAUUGAUUUAGACAUUUGGUCACGAGGAAUUCAUCUUAUUGUAUUCCUGACUGGUUUUACUUGGUUUCUUUUGGGUUAUAAAACUUUUGGAGUUGGUAAGGUUUUUAAAGAGCAUUUUGCUAAAUAAAUAAAUGUAUUCUUCAGCUAAAUUGAUCCAGUAUUGUGACGAGUGGGGCGGGGCCGAGAGCCAUGGGAAUGGGGCGAGGCCGGUGGAGUGAUUUGGAAAUGAGCGACACCUGUGCCACUCACCGGUCUCGAGUCCCACGGAGGAGAUUGGAAGGAUAUAAAACCGGAGCGACGACAGUGAAGGAUGAGGGAGGACCAGGCCUGGGAUUUAUUUUGUGUUUUGGUUUUGUUUGUGUGCAGGCAGUCGUCCGUGAGGGGCUGUUGCGCUGUUUUGUCUUUAUUUUAUUAUUAAAAGCUUCAUUUGAUUGUCCGCAGAUUCCCGCAUCCUCCUUCCCAUGAAAUAACCUGUUAAAAGUAUAUAUUACUGAAUAAUUUUAAGUUAAAAAUAAUUUUAAAUUGUAUUAUUUCACAAUAAUAUUUCAUAACAAAAUGCUGUUUUUACUGAGCUUUUGAGCAAAUAAAUGCAGACAUGGAAAGAAUAAGAGAUUUCGGUAACACUUUAGAAUAAGGUUCCAUUAGUUAAUGUUAGUUAACUACUUUCGUUAACAUGAACUAAGAAAGAACAAUCCUUCUACAGCAUUUAUAAGUCUUAGUUCAUGUUAAUUUGAACAUUUACUAAUGCAUUAUUUAAAUCAAAAGUUGUGCUUGUUAACAUUAGUUAAUGCACUGUGAAUUACCAUGAUCUAACAAUGAAUAACUGUAUUUUCAUUAACUAACAUUAACGAAGAUUAAUAAAUACAGUAAUAAAUGUAUUAUUCAUUGUUUGUUCAUGUUAAUUAAUACAUUAACUAACAUUAACUAAUAGAACCUUAUUCUAAAGUGUUACCGAGAUUUAUUUCAUAAAACAAUGAAAAACCUCUUUAAAAACUUUACCAACUUUAGCAACUUACUGCAUGUUAUAUUUGUAAAAAAAAAAAAAAAAAAAGCAGUAGGUGGAAGCCAAAGUAUACACAUGAAUGAUGAUUCUGGCUGGGAAAUCCCUUCAAAGCAUUUGUUUUCAAAAGGAUUUCCACUACAUCUUUUCACAGGACACCAUUAUGACUUCCGGUCACCCCCUUCCUACUUCCUUCUUGUGUUUGUAGAUGUGGGAAUGUAGAUGUGAAAGACACACUCUGAAUUUGUGCCAAUAUACAUAACAGAUUGACUGUUUUUUUAAUGGCAUGUCUCAAAUGAGGAGUUUCUCAUCUCAGCCGGUUUUACAGUACAGUGAAUUCACCUUAAGGCCAUGUUGAGCAUUCCAUUCAUGUGCUCCUUCUCUGCUCAUGGCUGCCAUUUUAUUUCCCAUUUUUUGAAAAGGAAUGAAUGUUUGUGGCUGAAACUUUGUCACACAGUUCUCUUUUGGCUAAAACUUGGUUUUAGACUUACUCGACCUCGAAAAUGUACCAGAAGAUUGGCAAAUGUUUGUCUGUGUGUGGGUCUCAACCGAAAGCUUAGCGCAUGCAGGGAUUACGCUGUCCCAAAUCUCAAAGAGAGUAGAGGCGCUAUAGGGAUGUUUUUAACCUCAGACGCUUUGAUGUUUAAGGUUAAAAGAGGCCGAUUCAUUUCACAGACAAUCUUGAAAAUAAAUCCCCAUUAUGCCAUCAGUGGUUUGAUGAGAAACCUUUAACAUAGACUAUGUUCAGGCUGCAGUCAAAUCAGUUUUCAUUCAAUCUCCUUCUCUAAAUAAGCGUCUUUAAAGUCGCUGUUUGCGAACUGCUGCUCUGUCGCAAAAGAAAAAACUCUGCAAUGGAGACUAGUAUGUAUAGUGUAUAUAUUAUGCAGCAUGUCGCAAAAGACAAUUUGAAAUCCUAUUUGAGCAGCCCGAGCAUCCAGUCUGAGACACAUCUGUAAACGUAUGCUUGGAAUCGCAUUUAAAACCACCUCCGUAUAGCUUUUUUUUUGGG